AAUAAACAAUAUUCUUAUUCUUUAUCUUGUAUUAAUAUAUAUUUAAUUUCUUUUUUUCUUCUUGUUUCUCGAUACUUCCUCUAAAGCUCAAUAGUGCUUUUCACUCCAUAACGAAUUCGCACGCCGUUUCAAUCAUUGCAUUGUACUUUAUGAUUUCUCCCUUUCAAUAAAAAGAAUAGUCAAACCUUUGUAUUCUUUUCCUUCCACUUAUUCUUGGAUUUCCUCAUUUUCUAAUUAUUGAAACGCAAGCGUUUUUAUAUCUGAAAAUUAUAAGUACACUAUUUAUUUUGCAUAAACAUAACAGCAUGAGUAUAGAAAAGGUGCAAGAACCAAAAAAUGCAAUUGACAAGAUUGUGGACCUGACACGGUCGUUGAACAAUAGAAACGAUUCCAAUUCGUUGUUUACAAAGCUUCAAAAUGCUGUUGGAAACCAAGACGUCUUGGAAACUCUUUUAAAUCACUUAGACCAGGUCGUUUCUUAUGACCCAGAUAUGCCUGUUAGCAUAACUUCCAUUCGGUGUUUGCAACUCUCCGUUCACUUGGUAUUUCUCUUAGGCAUUUACACCCAAGUCCCCAAGGAGCUUCUUGCUCCCGCAAAAACUAAAGCCCUUCCACCGUUUUCCCCCAAAAGGAGCAUUCUUUCUCUAUUUAAAUUUCUAAUCCCUGCACUUCUCAAACCAAAUUUGCUGCAAGGUCCAGUAAGUCUUCAUUAUGCAGAUCUACUAAUGGUAUAUCUUUACUUGCAAAAUACCAACGAAUCUUAUCUCCAAAAAGAAGAUUUUGGAGUUACCAAAGAGUCUUUGGUUCGCGUCAUGUCUCCAGAAUAUGUUGAUCCUGCCAAAAUGAUUUCUGCGUGUUUACAAUUAUUACAGCCAAAAGUCCCUCCAUGGAUGCGAGACCGACUCAAUCAUUACCUAACAACUAGUCUAUGCAAGUCGAAUGGCGUUGAAGGAUUCUUAAAGGUUUUUAUGCAAGUUAAUCCCAAUUCAAUUGAAAGAGCUCAACAAGCUGCUCGUCUUAUCUCCUCUGUUCCAAAAAAUAUGGCCGAACAGAAUUAUUUAGGCUUGAUAUUUCCUCAAAUUUGGAACCUCUUUUUUAAUUUACCAAGACUCGCUUGCCAAAUUACCAUUACACUUUUAUCAUCACAUAGAAAUUUCACUUGGGAAUUUUUUGUUAAAAAAUUCUCCCCACUGAAAUCCUCCACCGUUAUUGAUCUUAUGCCCAUUGAAAACUGUUUAAAGGUUUUGGAUGUUUUUGCUUCCAUUGGAAAUGAUGAUAUGAUAAAAUUAGUCGAAGGAUUUGUUCCUUCAUUACUUCAAUUACAGUCUAAUAAUACUCUUAGAAAGCAGGCGCAAGAAAGCUUGCUAACAAUUGUCUCAAAAACCGGUACGAGUCCACUGCUUCAAUCCCUUGAGUCUAUUCAUCAUUUGAGUUCUUUUUGUCAUUUGCUUUCUAAGUCCCAACUUGCUCAAUUUUUACCCCAGUUACUUGAAUUAUGGGUUAGGCAGCCUGCGGAGCACCGACUGGAGUUACUUGAAGUUGUACAGUAUGCUCUUACAAAAGUCGACACAGACGAAAUUCCCAGUGAACUCAUGGUUUCAGUUUGCAGUAACUUGAUCAGCGAGGUUAUAGAAAAUCUAAACAACACCGAGUCCGUCCUUGAUAUUACUUCUAAAAAAGAUGUAGUUGAAGAGAAUGAGGAAAUUUUACUUAUUUUAUUGCACCUCUUAUCUUCCGUUAUUGGAAGGAAUCGAGAACUGGGUUAUGAGAAUUCAGUUCCAUCUCUUCUCUCUCCUCUAAAACAACUGGCAAAUUACCACAAUCAAAUUAUAUCAGCAUUAGCUAAUGAUGUCUAUAAAACUCUUAUAAAAGCAAAUGACGACUAUUCAUCUGCUUUAUCCUAUAUCCAUAAUGAUCAAGUUCCUAUUCGAGGUCAAGGAAUAUAUAUGCUUCGGAAGUUAAUUGAAGCCAAGGAUAAGAGAAUAAAUCCUCUUCGAAUACUGCACACUUUGUUAGGUCUUUUGACAGAUGAAGAUAGUUAUGUGCAUUUGAAUGUCAUUGCCGCUUUGGUAUCUCUAUGCGACAAAUAUGAAGAUAUGAUGAUACAACUCCUGCUUGAAUAUUCAAAGGUUCAAAGGUAUUCCACUGAUGAAACUUUGUUGAUUGGACAAGCCAUAUACCAAAGUAUGGAGCGGCUGGGCGAACUUACUUCAAAGUACUAUGGUCAAAUAGAACAGACAUGUUUGGUCUUAUUAAAUGCUGAAAUUAUAGAUAUCAAAAUUUCUGCUAUGAACAUUGCUGAACUAUUAUGUCGCUAUUCAUCGAGCGAUGCUUUUAUUGAAUCAGCAGCCGCCAUUUUGAAUUUAGAAAAUACGGAAGAUAAAAAGUUCUUGCGAAGAGCUGCUCUUCAGGUACUUAACUCAUCUUCUCAUUUGCCAAGAUCAGUAAUUACAUUGUUGGAAUAUUUGAGUACUCAUGACGAAGAUGAAUUCAUUCGUGAGCAGUGCUCUCGACUGAUUGAAAAGAAAACUACAGAAAAUAGGUUCUUUUUAGGAUAAAUUUUGGAUUGAUUUAAACAACUUACAAUUAACGAUGACUCAAUCAUGUUAAAAACUUUUUGGUAAAUUGGUGAAUUCAUUAGAAAAUAUCAUAAAAAAAUAAAGCGUGCUUUCGUUAACG